AUGGUUGGGCGCAACGGACGCAACGGACUGGGAAUCCGAGUUGUAGGUGGGAAAGAAAUUCCAGGGAACAAUGGAGAAAUUGGAGCCUACAUUGCCAAGAUCCUCCCCGGGGGCAGUGCAGAACAGACAGGGAAGCUGAUGGAAGGAAUGCAGGUGUUGGAAUGGAAUGGCAUCCCCUUGACUGCAAGAACUUACGAAGAAGUCCAGAGUAUCAUUAGUCAACAGAGUGGGGAAGCAGAAAUAUGUGUAAGACUGGACCUCAACAUGCUCUCAGAUUCUGAGAAUCCCCAGCAUUUGGAACUGCAUGACCCAGUAAAGGCUGUAGACAAGGCGAAGUCCCCAGGGGUCGAUCCUAAGCAGCUGGCUGCAGAGCUCCAAAAGGUUUCCCUACAGCAGUCCCCUUUGGUUGCUUCCUCAGCAGUGGAGAAGGGAUCUCAUGUCCAUUCUGGCACUCCCUCUGCCAGCUCCAGUGCUGUUCCCAGUCCUGGCCAGCCUGGUUCACCCUCAGUGAGCAAAAAACGACACAGCAGCAAGCCCACUGAAGCCACAAAGUCCACAUCCCAUCCAAUCACUGGAGAAAUUCAGCUUCAAAUCAACUAUGACAAGCACCUUGGCAAUCUUAUCAUCCACGUUCUUCAAGCAAGAAACCUUGCUCCACGAGACAACAAUGGCUAUUCUGACCCUUUCGUUAAAGUCUAUCUACUUCCAGGCAGAGGACAAGUCAUGGUUGUCCAGAAUGCAAGUGCUGAGUACAAGCGGAGGACUAAAUACGUGCAGAAAAGCUUGAAUCCCGAAUGGAAUCAGACGGUCAUUUAUAAAAAUAUCUCCAUGGAGCAGCUGAAGAAGAAAACACUGGAAGUGACUGUCUGGGAUUACGAUAGAUUCUCCUCCAAUGACUUUCUGGGUGAAAUUUUGAUUGAGCUAUCCAGCACCUCUCAGCUUGACAACAGCCCAAGGUGGUAUCCUCUGAAGGAGCAGAGUGAAAGUAUUGACCAUGGGAAAUCUCAUUCUGGGCAGAGCAACCAGCAAUCACCAAAGCCAUCUGUCAUCAAGAGCAGAAGUCAUGGAAUCUUCCCUGACCCAUCCAAGGACAUGCAGAUGCCCACCAUUGAGAAAUCUCACAGCAGUCCAGGGAGCUCUAAAUCUUCUUCUGAAGGACAUCUGCGCUCUCAUGGACCAUCCCGCAGCCAAAGCAAAACCAGCGUCACUCAAACCCACCUUGAAGACGCUGGGGCAGCCAUCGCUGCUGCUGAAGCAGCUGUCCAACAGCUUCGCCUUCAACCAACAGCACAUAAAAGCGGUCAGUCUGAUCAUGCCAGGAAGCAGCACAGACACAGCAUAGCAGGAGUCCUCCCAAUUCAAAGAACUCAGUCUGACAAUAUGCCUCCACCAGCCAAUGACAACAAAGACCAAAGCCAACUAGCCCUCAGAAAAGUGAUGUCUGAUGGACCGGUCAAGCCCGAAGGAGCAAGGCCUACCAACCACCGACCUACAGAAAGCUCUGUCUCCACUGGCUCGUCAGCCAGUAGUUUUGGCAGCGGAUAUAGCAUGGAUAGCGAAGGAAGCAGCAGCACCACAGGGGAGAACAAUCUGUUUCCUAUUCCAAGAAUAGGGAAAAUGAGCCAGAACGGACAAGAAUCAGUAAAGCAGUCAGGAGUGGGAUUAACCGAUGCAGAAGGUAAAACCCAGGUGAUGGGUGAAAUCAAGAUUGCAUUAAAGAAGGAAAUGAAGACUGAUGGAGAACAGCUAAUAGUUGAAAUCCUUCAGUGCAGAAAUAUCACCUACAAGUUUAAAUCUCCAGAUCACUUACCAGAUCUGUAUGUGAAGCUGUAUGUCGUCAAUAUCGCUACCCAAAAGAGAGUAAUUAAGAAGAAAACCAGAGUGUGCAGACAUGACCGAGAGCCUUCAUUUAAUGAGACGUUUAGAUUUAGUCUGAGUCCUGCUGGGCAUUCUCUUCAGAUUCUGCUUGUCUCCAAUGGAGGGAAGUUUAUGAAAAAGACACUGAUUGGUGAAGCUUAUAUCUGGCUUGACAAAGUGGAUCUAAGGAAAAGAAUAGUAAACUGGCACAAACUGAUGGUCAGCUCCACACAAACACAUUGAGCAGACAUGUCUGCUUAGGGCACUAAACCUUGCAGCAUCUGCUGUAAAUGGCAUUACUCCAAGACUAUAGUUUGAUAUUGUGUUUAGCUAGGCUUUCAGAAUACAAAGUAGGGAAGAGUGGGCUCUGGGCUACACAGCACACUUAAAUGAGGGCUAGUCAACUUGUUUUGCUGUAAAAGACAGCAAAGAAAAAAACUGAGCCCAGAACUAAAAGCGAGAAAGUUUGAAAAGAAGAUUGAUAUGAGGGCUCCUUGACGUUGGACUCUUUGUGGCUGUCAGGAGAGUAACUCAGAAAGAAAUAACGAAGGCUUGAAGGCAGCUGUUAAUGUAGAGUUUGGCUGCGGCUGGAAGCAGUGUGUCUGAGAGAGCAAUCUGGGUUUCUGUGCAACCAGAAGGAGAUCAUUUUAUGCAAAAGCACCUAGGAUGACUGGUUUUUCAAAUCUCACUUAUCAGAAGUGUAAAACUUGUUCCUCUACACCUUAGAAUCUCUGAUAAUUUGUUGUUGUGAGAUUAUGCCACAGGACACAAACUGCGGGCUGUUUGUAGUGGUGGGAACAUUAUUUUACAUGAUUUUUUUCUUUAUGUAAAAAAGAUACAAAAUAGAGAAUCAGAUCAAAACUAUUCCAUUUUGUUUCCAUGCAUUAACAAUGGGUGUAGGUCUUUGUUCUGGAAUGUAAAGAAUAAAAGCACAUCCAUGGCUAUUUUUUUUGGAGGGUGGUUGGAAAGAGAAAGGAUCAAAUGGAAACUGCACUAAAUAAGAAUGGGGGUGGGAGAGAAUGUUUUCUGUGCUAAUGAAACUGCAAUUCAUCCUUCCCUUUGGGUCAGCAGUUGACAAAAGUGGGUUUGUCUCUUUACAGUUUAAGCACUGAGAUCGAUACUAUCAUUUCAACUAUUCCUUUUUUGUCUCCAACCAUCAGCCUUACCCUUAGACUGUUUUAAGGCAGUAAAAGUUUAAAAUAUAUAAUAUAUAUUCUGAAACAUUCGACCCACUCUGGUAAUGCUACCCUGCUGUUUGUGGGGUUCUGGAUCAACAACAACAUCAGCGACACACGCUCCUUCUUGACAGCUAACAAGAAGGAAUAACAAAAUGCUUACCAUCUGGGGAUUGAAACAUUAAUGCGUGUCGAGGAUUUCCUUUGAGAAACUCAGGUGAAUGACUGGAAAUAGUCCAUUCAAAAGUGGCUUGUCAGGUAUGAAGUAUGUAAUUAAAUGAAGGUCACUGGCAACACUAUAACUUAAGGUUGUGUCAGAGCUUCCAAAAUAAAAGUUCUAUUUUCAGGCGUUUAUAACUCAGCAGUAACAAUUUCCUUUGGACUGAAACUUUGCAUAGAGGAUCUUAAACUGGGUGUGAUAUUUUUCAUCCUACUCAGAUUAAAAGAAAAAGAAAAGUGCUUUCAUCAUUCUUAAAAUUGUAGAAAUAUUUAAAAUAAAUUGACAUGGGAUUAAUUCCCUUACCAUUCAAAAAUGGCUUCAUAUUUUAUACCUUCAUAUUUUUAAGUGAUUUGGCAGGGGAUUACCCUGAAAUAUCAUUGCUUUUUUGUAUUUAAAAAGAAAGUGACCAAAUUUAAAACACUGGCAAGUGUUUACUGUGUUUGCCUAACAGGAACUUUUCAUACACCAUUUUAAGUACCCACGUUGGUUUUUUCACUAGGGAUAGCACACCUCAAGAUGACUUGCAUGGUAAAUUCAAAUUAUUCCUCUGGAUAAGAAUUAUAUGCUUUAAAUAAAAUAGGGAGAGAUGAGAAACCAGACUGACUCUGAAAGAGCUAUUGUAGUUGUUUAAAUUGAUGACACUUUUCUACAUAUUUGUUUUCCAUUUAUUUAUUCAAAACUAAAACGAACACCACGGGCAAUGAGUGAAAUAUAGAGCAACUGGAAAAUGUUAGGGAUGCACAAACCAAAGAAAGACAAGUAAGUCCAAGUUAAGACUUUGGUGUACCACAUUGUACUUGCAACACAAUGCAUUCCUAUCAUAAGGCCAUAAGUUAUCAUAAAGACACAACAGCACUGUCAGUGGGAGCAUGGUGUGUGCUUUGACUUUUAAUGUCGUGCUUUCAUCAGUGUAUAACCCAACUCCGAUCUUAUGUAAUCACAGUCUGUUGGUGAUAAUAUAAAAUAUCCUAAAUAGUGUGAUUUAUAUGGAGAAUAAGAUUCUUCAAAACCAAAAUCCCCAACCAAACCAAAAAUCCCUAAGUGGGAUUUAAAAAAGAAAAAUCUUUCAUGUAAGUAUUGCUCCUUUGUUGGGUUAUUUUAAAUGCCUGAUGUCUACAGUAAGUCCUUUCUUUUCUAAAAUGUCCAAUUUCAAUUACGGCAUGAAGUAAAAGCAGUGAGAUGUGCCAUUUUGUGCAAACUGCUGGCAAUUUUGUUCUUGCUCAGAUUUAUUAUGAAGACAGCGAGUCAUGCUGAUGGUUGCUAUGGAGAUUUCCAGCAGGCACUAGCACUAACUGGAUGGCUUACUAGGAAGCCUAUAAUCAUUAUUCUUAAUUGAUGAAAGUAGGCUGCAUACUUUGCUCUUACAUGCAUUUACAAAUGUUUCUGGUAUUUUUAUGAAACGGGAUUGUUUGUCUGGUGUGGCUGGGGUUGUCCAGGAAAGCAACAGUCACUUUGGAAUUAGCCUUCUGAAAUGGGUUUAAUUCAUGCCUCUUUAUAUAUUGAAAUUCAAGUGUAACUGGUCUGCUGGAAUCCCACCCUGAAAUACAAAGGGUAGCAGCUGUCAGGAAAACUGGUCAGUAUUAGCAAUGGCUUGACCAACAACAGCAGAGACAGGACUCAUUUGAUUUCAUGGUUGUUAUCCAUUGUAAAGAGCUAGUGACAGAGCUAGGUCCACGCACUUUCCCUUUUGUGAGAUACCAUCAAUUCAGAGUUCGCAAGAUGCUUGCAAAGUGUGCCAAGUUCCUUUUUUGAUCAGAUUUCUAGGUUGUACUGGAAUCAUUCUAUGCAACACUGUUUCGUGUUUGAAUGAAUUUUUCUUUUUUGGGUGAAUGAAGUCAGAAAAAACCCUUCUUGUGACAUUUAAAAAAAACAAACAAAAAAACACCAAACAAGGACUAUUUGUAUUUUUUACUUUUUUGUAUAUAUUGCAACAUAUUCUUUCACCCCUCCCCCCCAUUUUAGGUUUCUUCAAGUGGCUGAAAGUGCUUAUAUGUGGCAGCAGAUCUUAUCAUUUCUGAACAAUUGAUUAUUAGUGAAUUCACACAUUUCUUUGAAGAUGCAUGUUGUGGCCAGGCAAUGGCAGAGGCAGUUUAAUUUAUUUUAUUCAUACGUCCGCUGGGUCAACAGAGAUUGAAGCUGCUUCUUUGUUCAAGGCCUUGUACAGUGGAAACAAGCUGAAUUAUGAGAAAAAGCACAGUGUAUGUGUUUACAAAUAACAGGGAUUUCUAAUGUGGUCAUUACUAUUAUGCAUACAAUGAGCAGCAAACCAUUUUCUUUUUUCCUAGUUCACACUAGACAUGAGAAUUUCUAAGAUGAAUGUUGAGCUAGUACUUUAUCAUUACACUUUAAAGGGAUAGUAUCCAGGGGAAAUAUGAUAUCUUUAUUAUUACCCCCAUUUUUUACAUCAUAUCUCGGUGGCCGUAACAAGGGCCUGAUCCAACGCCUAUCGAAGUCAAUGGGAAUCUUUCCAUUCAUUUCAGUGUGGUUUUGGAUCAAGACCUAGGAAUUGGUAGAGAUCAUUUGCUGGAUACAUAGGUGUUCCAAUGGUUAGAUUGUGGGGGAUAUUGUAGCUGGUAACCAGCUGAUAUUGAUUCUGACUCUAGGAAUGACGAGGAGUAGGACUGAUGGAGAAGAAGCAGCUAGUGUGCCCAAUAGAGAUGAUUUAAUUAGCGUUUAGUUUCAUGGAAAUAUCAUAAAGAUGUUAAUAGUAUUUUUUUAAUCUUAUUAUUUGAAUCAUAACUGACAAUAUUUUUAAGUACUUUAUUUUCAUUGCUACAGUGUCUGUAUCUCAAAUUCCACUAAGUAUCUAUCUAGAUAUGUACAUAUAUAUAUGUAUAAGAGAAGAUUUGCAUCUGUGUGACUGAAACUUGAGAUAGUAAUAGAACAGAGAGGUAGUUCACUGUAAGUAUCCACCUACAUCACAUUUGGGGCCCAAUCCGGCAUUCCUGGUCGCACCAGGGCUCAAGGAUCAGGCCUUUUUGAAUUACUAGUUGCCUUUAGUAAGAAAGUAGAAAGAAUAAGCAAAAUCCGGAUACUCUCUCUUUAAAUCAUAAGAUGCAUUUUGAUGUUUUCCAUACGUUCUGGUUUAUUCUUUUUUAAAAGAAGAUUAAUAAAUAAAUAAAUAUACGGAUGAGCUCAAAAAUUAUAUUAUAUUAUAUAUAUUUAUCCAUAACUCAGAGUAGGUGAUUUGAGAGAAAGCAGUUUUCUUAAUUUGUUACCCUGUAAAUAACUAUACAUUUUUGUAUAACAAAUCAAGUUUGAAUUAUGAAUUCCAUCUGGCGUCCAAGCAUGUGAAUGUGAGCAUUAUUUGACCGUAUCUUGUAUAGAUGUUCAGUGACGUGCUCAGGUGCUCAGCAAUAGUUGACUAGCGUGUGUGCUGUCAUGCUAGCCGACUAUGUGUACAGCAUACCCAAUGUUUAAAAAAAAUCUGCAAAAAUACCUUAAAAAAACAAAUAACAAGAGUAGUCCUUGGAGAAAUGUCAUGUUUCUGCAAUGAACAUUGCAUGCAUUGAUGGUGGUUUGUUAAUUUUUUUUGUUUUGUUUUAUUUAUUUUGCUUCCAAAUUCUCGCAGCAAAACAAAACAAACUUGUUCUAAAAGGUUGUGUUAAUUGAGACAAAAACAGUAUGAGAACUGUGUAAAGAAAAUACUUGUAUAUCUGUCUCAUUUUCCACUUUAUGUAUAAAUCCAUGUUAUGGUUUUGUGGUUGUAUACAGGAUGUAUCUUGAGAAACUUAUGCAAAUUGUGCUGUAUAAAGGC